CUCUGUCCCCGCCCCGAUCGCUCCGCUCUCCGAAUUCUUCUGUUUCGCGCUUGCCGAAUGUUUUUUUCCGUCCUCACCGGGAGCCCGUUCGCAGGCUAGUAAACACAUGGUUCCCGAUAUGGCAACUCUACCCGGGAACUAGGGAACUCGGAACACUAGCGAUAACAAUUGUAAUAAACAGUUUCGGUUUACAUCGGCCGACUUGUCAAUAACACGAAGAGAUUUUACGCUUGAGUUAAGAAAUUAAGGAAGUGUUAAGCGCUAUUCAGUGCUUUCCAUGGUCUUUGGAGGACGAAGUGACUGCAGCUAGGCUAGACUGAUCGAUUUGCGUUGACAAAAAAGCAAGGAAAAGAUUUCUUUUGAAUUAAUUAAUAUUAAGCUUAUCAGUAGUUGAGUUUAAGCGAGUUUUAAGCAAUAGUUUUCAUUGUUGCUGGCAAAAUACAUGGAAACACGUACUUCAAUUCAUAGCCUUCAAAAUAAAGAAAUAAAUUCUAAAUUAAUUUCGGGGCCAGCAUUUCUGCAACCAACCUUAAUUCCAGUCGCAAAAGGUCCGCGCAAAACGUUUGAAAGUUAUCGCUGAACUCUUCGCCAAGGGCACUCAGUAUCCUUCAUCAACAAAUAUAAAAGAGAAGAUGGAGGGUAACUAAGACACAUAAUCCUACAUAUAUAUUUUUUAUGGUGUUGUAUUUAAAAUGUUUAUGUACAAUAAAUAAAGCCCGAAAAAAACAGCUUCGAAAAAACGGGUGUCAAAUUACACUUUUUCCUCCCAAUAACGACCGCCUCUUUGCAACAGCCUCUUUCCUCUUGCUCUGUCCCCAAACUGGCCGUUGUGGAGUGGUUCGACUGUAUAUGCUCAUCGUUGACUGAGAUGAUUGACAGUCAUUUUCAACGCGUAGAAUUCCCGCGCAAUUUCCGCGUUGCGCCCCGGACCGGGAAAACUGAGCGGCCCUACUCCAUAAGGAGGGCCAAUCUGGCCAGAAGCAGUUCUGACAAUUCUCAGAACUCGCGCAUUUCAUUUACGGACGGACCAAUCCGACCGGCCAGUUCUAACAAAUGGAAAGCGCUCUUAGCUAAACAAGGGAAGCUAACAGAUAAACCCAUUCAGCAUUGGGAACAGCUGCAGCCCACAGGAGGACUAUCACGGCCACAUGAAAAGAUUGGGGAUGCUCCUCGUCUGCCUCACUUAGGAUAGGGUGUUCAUGACGAAACGUCACUAGCUUUAGCUGUCAAAGCAUCUUUUAGGGUACACUCGAAGAAAUCAGUAACAACAAAAGACGCUCUUAUUUUUAGGCUCGAUUUCCGCCGGUCUCGCUAGUCCGGUCCAGAAGCGCAAGCUCCUUUUCUGAACAGCGAAAAAAAAUUCGAUGAGCAUCCCUGAUAUUUUCAGAUGGGAGUUCUAUCUCCCCCGCCGCUCCGGCCCCCUUUCCCCUCCCGUCCCUCCCCCACCCGGGCUUUAGCCAAACUUUUGCACUGUGGGCUUCUUUAUUUCCGGAUUCAUUGUGGACAGAGGAAGAGGGAGAGGAGGAGGGGACUGGAGAGGGGAAAGAUAACUUCACGUGCCGCGUGUCAUCACGCUAAAAGCAAUCGCUGGUGCUGUCACCUUUCUUUUGUGAACAAAAGCCGCCAACAUCAAAUGCAUAAUAGCUCGUUAACUAUAGCAAAUAACAUAUCAAUCUCCAGCCAAACAGCGACUAAAUGGAACAUGAUUUGGUCUUCUUUACUACGUUAAAGUAAAGCGAGCUCUGCAUCGGUCAUUAAACCCACGGCUAGCGAAGACGUUCUGUUCUGAAGAAGAAUUGAUUGAGCUAUCACGUUAUGUCAAACGAGCCUCACACACCGACAGUGACUGUCACCGACGACAGUGAAGAUGUCACCGAAAAGGAACGCUCGCCCGUAGAAAACGCGUUUUAUGAAUCGUUCCUUAUUCAGUCGCGUUCCGCGAUCGAGAAUCUGUACGCGUCAAACAUUUAUCAUAGUCAAAGGCACGCUAAGCAGGUAAAAGAUCUGGAGAGACAGAAGCAAUACAACAUGUCUCAGAUGACUAACAGGCAAAAAGAAAUGGUUAAAAAGAUGGCACAAUUGCAGGAAAAACAGGAACAGAUCAUGUUGGAAAAAAGAAAACAGCGCUUACAAUUGCAAGUUGGGUCAACAAAAGGUGAUCAUCGCAUUAGGCCGCAUUCGACGUCAUCAUUAAACGAUCGCAAGACUGGCAAGACGCUACUUAAACACCGACCACGAUCUGGAUCAAUGCCAUAUCUUGAGCCUCUCGAUCUCAGCCGAAGUUUGUCGAAGUCUUCCGAAAAUCUUUGCUCGGAAUCCUCCCUUUUGGAUGCGAGCCCACCAUCGAACAUGCUGUUGUCGAGAUCCUGUGAGGAUUUAUCGACUCUUGGCAAAAAGCACGGCAAGGUUAUUUUGCCAUCGUUAUCGACGCCCCCACGACCGAAAUCAAUCGAAGACUCGUCGGACGAUUCUGGUUCGACCUUCAUAACCCGAAUGACAUCUUCGCCUCCCACUAAACCUAAAGUCAACCUAAACUUAGCGCCUUCAAGCUUCAAGCCCGAGCAUCGCCGAGGAUCGCUCGAUCCUUCCAUUAUACGGGAACUGGACAGGAGGCGAGGUGUAACAACAGACAGCCCUCCAUCUAGCCCAAAGAGUACGCAAACAAAAUGGGUUCCUAAGUCUUAUGGCAUGCCUCCAGGAAGGGGUCUUCCGCCUGUUUGAUGCGCAUGUGCCAACAGGUUCAAUGUACUCACAAAAAAUCAAUCUUCAUGAAGUACAUAUUCCGGUUCUUUUUGUCAUGAAUUGUCUGUGAUAAGCCUGUCCCAGUCUCAUAAAUUGCGGGUCAAACUAGGAAGUAAUUUUCUGUGAGUACAGUGAGACUUCUAGAAUCUUUCCGUGGCGAUAGACUGCUAGCGCGCGAGCGUUUGUUGUUCCCCCGUUGCGUAUGGGUUUUUUCGAGCAAAUUCAAACAGCGACUAAUCAUGAAGUAAAAGUGGUUUGGCUCUAGGCACUACGCCUUGUUAUUUCUUUGUUACUAAAAUAAGUUCGUAUUGUUUUGACUUUUGUAAUUAGUUUUUGUUCUAAUUCGCACGUAUCACUGAGCCACAAAAUCUUUAGUGUCACCUGCUGAUUAUUAUUAUUUUUUUACGACUGAGUUAUCCUGCCGUGUUGGCGUAUAGUCUUAUAUAAAAGUGUCUGUAACA